UUUGCUUUAUGCAGCAAAUGUCGUACGGUAAUUAAGAAAACAAACCGAAAUACUAUAAAAUACUGUAUAUUUUGAAUGUAACUUAGUUUAAAAUGUAUAUAGUUUGAGUGAAAAAUGAACGAUAGCGCCGCAGAAAGCCCAGAAACGCUGGACCCUAGAGUACAGAUUGAGCUAGAGCGCCUAAACACAGCGACAGAUGAGAUCAACAGGCUAGAAGUCGAGCUAGAUGAGGCCCGGCUCGCGUUCCGGAGGCUGCUGGCUGAGGGCCAUCUGCGGAUACAGCAGCUUACGAAGAAACUUGGCACUAGCGUGCACAAAGCCCGGCCUUACUAUGAAGCAAGAUUUAGAGCUAAUAUUACCUCCCAAGAACUCCAAGCGGCAACCAUCACCUAUGACAAGGCGAACAGCGCCCACGCGGCCGCCCGAGAGAUGGUGUUCCUCGCUGAACAAGGACUUGCUAGACUUGCUGAAGGCGCCGAAGGUGGGGUUACACUUGACCCGGCCUGGCAGGAGAUGCUCAACCACGCCACACAUCGCGUCAACCAGGCGGAAAUGGACCGCGCGCACGCAACGGUGACGCAGCGUACGAAGGCGGCCGCUCACCGCGCCGCCGCCGCGUUAGUUCAACAGCUGCAAUCGUCGCUCAAACGGCACAUCACCAAGUCGAGACCAUAUUUCGAAGAGAAGGCCCGCAUAAACACAGCUUUAGAAGCUCAAAAGGCGCGCAUACAAUCACUAGAAGAGCAGGUUAGCGAAGCGAAACAACAGUACUCCUCGGCGUUAAGGAAUCUGGAGAGAAUAUCCGAGGACAUACAUAAACAUCGAUCGAGACGACAGUCUGCGAGAAACGCGAUAGAAAUAGAUCGCGCCUCGACGAUCACAGACGUGGCCAGCGACACGUCGAACGGCGUGCUGGAGGAGCUGUGUUCGCAGAGCACGGACGCCUCCGUGCGCGAGUGGCUGCGCCGCGCCGCCGCCGAGCGCCCCGGGGACGACACCUGGACCGAGAUAGACCUGGAUUAUUCCAGCCCAGAGGAGGUUAGCUUCGAGAAAUGUUCGCUGCGGCCGCGGUCGUCCCCUGAACAACCGUCGCCGCCGAGUCCUGGCGAGUCUAAAGUGUCCGCUGCGUCACCGCGCCGCAUCAUACGUUCCAUGGACCGCACAGCGCUACUCCGCGCCGACUUAGAGAAAGCGGAGAAGGGCCGGCGUCAGUCCCUCGACGCCAUACUGCACGACACCGGUGAAAAGGUUAAAGAGAUCAAGGAGAUGUUCCAAGGUCUGUCUCUGUUCGGGGAGCGCGGCUCGCACUCGGCGCCGCGCACGCCGCGGCGGACGUCGCCGUCGCGCGCGCGCUCGUCGCGCAGCUCGGCCGACGGCAACUCCGAUACUGACAGUCUGGCCAGUGUGGACAUGCUAACAGACGAGCAGAUCGCGUCUCUGAUGCUCGACAAGCAACUCCAAGAUGUCUGCGAGCGACUCGCUGGUGUGGUCACAAGACAACCAAGGUCGCCGCAGUCCCCGGAGGCAAGAUUUUGAACACUACAUCAUCAAUCCUUGCGUUAUCCCGGCGUUUGCCCCGGCUCAUGGGAGCCUGCCGCUUUGACAAGUAAUCCCAACUUGAGGAAACCGGACUAAUUCCAAUAAGGCCUAGUUACCCUUCGGGUUGGACGGUCAGAU